UCAGAGUAACGUCUUAGUUUUUUUACUCUGAGUUUGGUGGUUCUGUGAACAAAAAGGACAAGUUUUCGUCAAUAUAACAAUUACUACCUUCGUCUGAAAAAUUGUUCGAUCUACUUCAAGAGUGGAUUUAUUGAAAUUAUCACUCGAAUUGAAUAUAAAUAUGCAUCCGCGUACCAAUCAUUUCAAGUUGCAGUUCUUGAAAUGUAAUUUUCCAUAAUUCGUAUUAGUUAGGGUUUCAGCUCCAUCCUUGUAUAGAAAAAUCCUCAAGAUAAGGGAAAUUAUCUGUGUCAAUACUUGCAUAAUGUCGGAAUGUAUAUUAGUUACAGGAUUUGGUCCUUUUGGAGACCAUAAUGUUAAUGCCAGUUGGCAGGCAGUUAAGCUUUUGCCCGAAGUGAUUGACAAUUUAAAAAUUGUCAAAAAAGAAAUUCCAGUUACUUACAAAUAUGUAGAAUGUGAAGUGCCUUCUUUGUGGCAAGACCUCGACCCAAUUUUGGUGAUUCACGUAGGGGUUUCAUCCUUCACGGAUACAUUAGCUAUUGAAGAAUGUGCUAACAGAGAUGGAUAUACGAGAAUUGAUUGUUCUGGAAUGAAACAUUCAACAGGAAAAGCUUGUUUCAAUGGAGAUGACUGUAUAUUUACCGAGAUUAACAUUAAAGAUAUUUGUGCAACACUGAAUGAAUCUGGAAAAAUUAAAUCACAUAUCUCUAAUAAUGCUGGACGGUAUCUCUGCGAGUUCAUUUAUUACAAUUCUCUCAAGAUAAAUAAGAAGAGAACUCUUUUUAUACAUGUGCCACCGUUAGAUCAACCUUACUCUGCAGCAGAACUCUCAGAAGGAUUGUUAGAGGUCAUCAAAUGUGCCUUGAAGCAAAUUGAAAUAGACCAGGCAACAAAUCGAAUGAAAAGUUGAAAUUUGUCAACACCUUCAGCAAUACUCUUAAGCCGACCAUUAAAAAAUAAAAUGAAAAAACCAACCCUUCACUUUGUAUAUGUGAUAAAAUCGGCUGAUACUUGAUGAAAAUUUGUGAUGUAUUUAAAAAACAAUUCAUUGUGAGAUUUUCAC